UACAGUAAAUGAGGGGGUUUCUUUGCUCCUUGAUCCAUCGAGAUCACGACGACGAUACUACGACGAUAGAGAGUGCAUCGGUUGUAGUAUUCAACAGCACCUACCAGCUCCUUGCUGUUUGAUCCAGCGUAGCUGAACCCAUCAACAUGACAUCCUUGUUUAUCGGAUUGGUCAAUUUCCUCAAUGAUGUGUUGCAUGUAGAACCCAUCUCCAUCGUAGCUGAUGCUGGGUUCUGGCUGCUGAUACUUCUGAUUGGAUACCCCCUUGCUGCAGUGGCUGUUCUUUUCCGAAUGAUCUAUCGAGUCUUGGGAUGGUGCCUUGGUGGUGGCGGGAAAGUGGAUCCCCGUGCCAAUAACACUCAAGAAUUGGCAGUCUUUGUGACAGGCUGUGAUAGUGGCUUUGGGCGACAAGUGGUGGAACCACUGACCGCACGAGGAUUUACCGUUUUUUGUGGUUGUCUGCACAAGUCAUCAUUCCAACACUUUCAAGCCAAUGCACUGGCCAUUCCUGUCCAGCUGGAUGUCACAAGUGACAAAAGUGUCAUGGAAGCAUACAAGGUUGUCGCAUCUUGGAUGAGUGCAGGAUCAAAGAAACAGCGUCACUUCCACGCUCUCGUCAACAAUGCAGGGAUCAUCCGUGCUGGGACAGUGGACUGGGCCAAAAUGCCUGAUUUCCAGGCAACUAUGAGCGUGAACUUUUAUGGGGUACUCCGGUGUGUCAAGGAGUUUAUGCCUAUUUUCAAGAAACAAGCUUCUGAAGGGACAUAUUCUGGUGCCAGAAUUGUCACCAUGAGCUCCAUUUCAGGCCUAUUUUUGGGCGGGGACUGCAUAACACCUUAUGUGUGUUCCAAACAUGCAGUGGAUUCAAUGACAGAAAACCUACGUUCAGAAAUGAUGCCUUAUGGAGUACAAGUAGUUUGCAUUAACCCCGGCUUCCAUUCCACCCCCAUGGCAGAUCCCAAGUCAACUGAGGAAGCUGUUUGCAACAUUUGGAAUGCAUUGUCACCCAGUCAACGUGAAGAUUAUGGAAAAGGCUACCUGCAAGCUUUCCGUGAUGGCUUCAAUCCUAUUAAAUAUUUCAGUUGGGAUUCAAGACACGUCGUGAAUGCUAUAGAGAACAGUAUCAUUGAUAGGUACCCUGCAGUAAGAGAAUUGGUGGGAUUGGAUGCAAAAUAUGGUUUUGCAUUCUUGAGGCUUCUGCCAACAGGACUUGGUGUGCCCACAAUCCGAGUCAAGCCAGCUUGCAUGCAGCGAUGAAGGGAACGCAUGUUUGUUCCAUACUGACUGCUCAAAGCAGACGACCACAAAGCGUAGUACAAACGAACGUUUGGAUAGGUUAUUGAGCGACCCAAAGUAACGGUACUUGUAGUCUAGAUAUUCCUCCCAUAUGAUGGAGUUUUCUCCGCGUGUUUUCAAUGCUUAAACUUCUGUGCUA